AUGAAGCGAGUGGAGAUCGUUCGACUUUGGGAGUGGGUUGUGUUUGAAGGGUGGUUAACCACAGUUGACAAUGAGAGUUUUAAGUAUGAAAGAGUAAGAGCAAGGGGAUUUAAGAGCUCGAUGAAGCGAGUGGAGAUCGUUCAACGUUGGGAGUGGGUUGUGUCCGAAGGGUGGUUAACCGCAGUUGACAAUGAGAGUUUUGAGUCCGAAAGUCGGGACCUAAAGAAUUUUCUUCUUAUGGGCCAAAAAGUAAGAGCAAGGGGAUUUAAGAGCCCGAUGAAGCAAGUGGAGAUCAUUCGACGUUGGGAGUGGGUUGUGUCCGAAGGGUGGUUAACUAUAGUUGACAAGGAGAGUUUUGAGUAUGAAAGAGUAAAAACAAGGGGAUUUAAGAGCUCGAUGAAGCGAGUGGAGAUCAUUCGAUGUGGGGAGUGGGUUGUGUCCGAAGGGUGGUUAACCGCAGUUGACAAUGAGAGUUUUGAGUAUGAAAGGUAG